UCCUUUAAAGGAAGAAAAAGAGAAGAAAGAAUACUGAAGAGAUCGAUUGUUCCUAACAGCAGAACUGAAAUCAGCAUAUAGUAUAUGCAUCAUGAAUGAACCUGCCUCUAGCACAAGUGGCCAAGAGUUUGAUGUAUUCAGUGUCAUGGACUGGAAAGAUGGAGUAGGUACUCUGCCAGGAAGUGAUUUAAAGUUUCGGGUAAAUGAGUUUGGAGCCUUGGAAGUGAUUACAGAUGAGACUGAGAUAGAAAGUGUUAAAAAAGCUACUGCUACCACAACAUGGAUGGUGCCUACUGCACAAGAAGUUUUUUCUGAGAAGACAGGAGUACCUUUCCGGUUGAAGGAAACUAUGAAAGUAGAAGGACUUCAGUUCUGUGAAAACUGUUAUCAGUAUGGCACUGUAGAUGAGUUUCUUUCUGGAGGAAAAUUUUGUAGCCAGAAAUGUGCACGUCAGAACAAAGACAACAGAGAACAGAAGGAAGAAAAAGAUGUAGGUGAAGACAAUGAAGAAGAUGACUCUAAGUGUAGUCGGAAGAGGAAAGCAAAAUUACCUCUCAGAGUAGACCCCAAGGAAGAUGGAGAGGAAAGAGAAGAUGAAAAUAGAUACAGUUUUUCCUCUGAAGACUGCUUUAGUCGCAUUCCAGAAAUUUUGGAAAACAAGCAUGAUGGCAGAAUCCUGAGGGGCUCUCAGAGAGCUCGAAGAAAAAGACGAAAUGAUUCCACCGUUUUAAAACAGAGUUUACCUCCUAAAGGAAAGAAAGCAUGGUGUUGGGCUUCCUAUUUGGAGGAAGAAAAAGCUAUUGCAGUGCCAACUAAGCUUUUUAAAGAGUACCAAUCCUUUCCCUAUAACAAAAAUGGAUUCAAAGUCGGAAUGAAGUUAGAAGGUGUGGACCCUGAACACCAGUCAAUGUAUUGUGUUCUCACUGUUGCUGAGGUUUGUGGCUAUAGGAUAAAGCUUCAUUUUGAUGGCUAUCCUGAUUGUUAUGACUUCUGGGUAAAUGCUGAUGCUUUAGACAUUCAUCCAGUUGGAUGGUGUGAAAAAACUGGCCACAAGCUUCAUCCACCAAAAGGGUAUAAAGAAGAAGAGUUCAAUUGGCAGACAUACCUUAAGACAUGCAAAGCACAAGCUGCUCCAAAGUCCUUAUUUGAAAAUCAAAAUACUACAGUGAUCCCAUCAGGUUUUCGUGUGGGAAUGAAACUUGAAGCUGUAGACAAAAAGAAUCCUGCAUUCAUCUGUGUUGCUACAGUAACAGAUAUGGUGGACAAUCGGUUUCUGGUGCAUUUUGACAAUUGGGAUGAGAGCUAUGACUAUUGGUGUGAAGCAGCAAGUCCACACAUUCAUCCAGUGGGUUGGUGUAAAGAACACAGAAGAACCCUUAUUACUCCACCAGAUUACCCAAAUGUGAAACAUUUUUCCUGGGACAAAUACUUGGAAGAAACCAAUUCUUUGCCUGCUCCUGCUAGGGCCUUUAAAGUUAAGCCAGCACAUGGAUUCCAGAAAAAAAUGAAAUUUGAAAUUGUAGAUAAAAGAAAUCCUGUGUUUAUUAGAGUAGCAACUGUUGCAGAUACUGAUGAGCACAGAAUAAAAGUCCACUUUGAUGGCUGGAGUAGUAGCUAUGAUUACUGGAUUGAAGCAGAUUCUCCUGACAUCCAUCCAGUGGGCUGGUGUGCAAAAACAGGACAUCCUCUUCAGCCUCCUCUUAGUCCUUUGGAGUUGGUGGAAGCUUCCGAGCAAGGAGGAUGCCCAACUGCUGGAUGCAAAGGAAUUGGCCAUAUAAAGAGAGCUAGACACCCAGGCUCCCAUAGUGCUAUCAAUUGUCCUUAUUCAGAAAUCAAUUUGAACAAAGACCGUAUCCUCCCAGAUCGUUUAAGUGGUGAGAUGUCUCCAGCUAGCCCCUCAUUAACAAGGAAUAAAAAGGCGGAAAUAAAUGAACGCUCCUCAUCUCCUGAAAUCAAAAAAUGUCCUAGUCCUGAGCACACUGACUCCAAAUCAUUGAUUCAGAAUCGAUCAUCUGGAAAAUCUGUAUCCGAGAAAAACAUACAAGAUGAUAUGGAAGGUAAACCUCCUUACAAGAAGCCGCUGUUGUAUGAUGAUAACGAAAAGAAGCCAUCUAGAGAUCAGCAAAUUGAAGAGAAGCCUAUCAAGGAAGAAUGCGAAGAAGGGAUAAAAAGUGAAGUGAGAACUCCAAAUCAAACCAAAGCUUCCCUAAAGUAUUAUACUGUCACAAGAGGUAGUAGUUUCUCCUUCAUAGAAGUUAAGGAAAAGCCGACUAAUUGUCAGCAAAUUGAUGGAGAAGCAUUUCUGCUUAUGACACAAACAGACAUUGUUAAAAUUAUGAGCAUUAAGCUGGGACCGGCUUUAAAAAUCUUCAACUCCAUCCUGAUGUUCAAAGCUGCAGAGAAGAACUCACAUAAUGAACUCUGAGGACAGUGAAAGCCACGUUUCAUCCCUUUUCUGCUUUAAAGCUCAUGUCUUAUUCAAAGCACAAGGACUGUUGUAGCUGUUAAGUAAGAAUUCUUCAAAAGUCAAAAAGCAGUGCUGCCGGAUUAUUUAUAUUCAUUGAGAGACAAUAUACAUGAAUUAUUAUGGAAGUGCUUGGGUUUUUAUUAAGGUACUGUAACAAUCUCAUCUUUUAGUUCUAUUCAUUGAGCUAAAUUUACCUUUGUAAACCUUUUUGAAGCUUCAGAAAGAAAAAAAAAACACCAUUGUUGAUUAUUUAUGGUAUAGUAAGAUGGGGGGGAUUAUGAACUUUCUGCAUUUUGUAAACAUCGUUGAAUUAUCUUUCACAUACACUGUUUCUUUUUCAAUAUUUGCAGAAACCUUUUUAUACAAUCAAAAUAAAAUGAACUUUAAACCCAGUUAGCCAAAAUCUGGCUACCAGUUUAGCCAGUUGGGACUGUUAUAACUAUUGUUAAUUUUGUGCCAUAUUUUGAAUUGCAACAUUUAUGCUGAGUAUAACUUUGCAAGUCAUGAAAUUGCCUACUUGCUUGUAAUAAUUAAUUGGGACUGAACAGUGGUAAAAAUUAAUUUUUUAAGUAAAUCAGUGUUUUUACUUUUGCACGACUUAUGAAAUGUUAAGCAAAUUGCUUUUUCACCAGCGUCUUUACUGUAUUUACCAAAAGACCAGUAUAUAAAAGACUGAAAUUGGAAAAAAAAAUAAAACUUUACCUAAUGUAUUUGAAUGGCAUCAGUCUAAUACUCCACUCUAAUACCCC